AAUCGGUCGGCCAAGUUCACGGAGGUCAAGGUGCUUUGAAUGUCGCGACAUAACUACACCUUUUCUUGUUUCUCGAAAUGAUCAAGUUGAUGUGACGCGGAGGUGAGGUGACUCGUCAUUUCUAUGGUGGUAAAUACGGGACAAAAUGACUGUAGACAUCGUACAAUUACUCCAAGAACCAAAAAUGACAAAAGUUUGCGCUCCCAUGGUUCGCUACAGCAAGUGAGACAGACACAUAUAAAGUUACCAUUCCGCGCACUGGUACGGCGGUAUAAUUGUGACAUAUGUUUCACUCCCAUGAUCCUUGCAGAUUCUUUUGUCCAAUCCGCACGAGCCAGGGACAAUGAAUUUGUUACCAAUAAGGGUGACACCCCACUGAUUGUUCAAUUUGCUGCCAAUAACCCUGAUGACUUUGUGAAUGCUGCUCAAAUGGUUUAUCCAUACUGCAAUGGAGUGGAUCUGAAUUGUGGGUGUCCCCAGCGUUGGGCCAUGAAAAGCGGAUAUGGAUGUGAUUUGUUAACAAAGCCUCAAUUGGUAAAGGACAUGGUAAUGCAAGUGAGAAAUCGAAUUCCCGGGUCAUUUACUGUGUCCGUGAAAAUUCGGUUGCUUGAUAACAUUCGUGAAACUAUAAAUUUGUCAAGUGUGUUGGAAAAAGCAGGAGUUUCAUUCAUUACCGUUCAUGCAAGAACACAACAAAUGAGGAAAGAAGCUAUUGACCUCAAGGGGUUGAAAAGCAUAAGGGAUUCUCUCGAUAUUCCUAUUAUUGCUAAUGGUGAUGUUAAAACUUUAGACGAUGCAGAAAAACUAUACAAAAAUUCUAAUUGUGACGGUGUCAUGACAGCCAAUGGAAUCCUCUCUAAUCCGGGUCUCUUUGCUGGAUAUUCUUCCACACCUUUGUGUUGUGUGCAAGAUUGGCUUGAUAUAACUAGUACAAUACCAACCAGUUUCCUGUGUAUGCACCAUCAUCUCGUCUUCAUGCUUGAAAAAGUUCUUUCAAAAAAAGAUAAAUAUAUCUUCAAUAAUUUGCAGAAUAGAGAAGCUGUCUUAUUAUUUCUUGACGACUUUUACGGCCUUAAGCCAUCCAAUGUGUUAUACAACGAAAUGCUUGAACCGAUACCGUGUCAUUAUACUAGCUACUACAGAACCAAAAUUGUCGAGAUGGAAAGACGAGACAUGAGCGACGAUUAUCUGGAAAAUCUGUUUUCAGAAAUCUAAAGUAUUCCAUUGACAAUAAAGGGCACCAAACUUGAA